CGAAGCUUUGAGAUUCUUGCAGAAUGUCUGGAAGAGGAAAGACUGGCGGCAAAACCAGAGCUAAGGCCAAGACUCGCUCAUCCAGGGCUGGUUUGCAGUUUCCUGUCGGUCGUGUCCAUCGUUUAUUACGGAAGGGGAACUACGCUGAGCGCGUCGGUGCCGGGGCACCAGUUUAUUUGGCUGCUGUAUUAGAAUAUCUGACGGCAGAAAUUCUGGAGUUGGCUGGGAACGCGGCCCGGGAUAAUAAAAAGACCCGUAUUAUUCCCCGCCACCUGCAGUUGGCUGUGCGCAACGAUGAAGAGCUCAACAAACUGCUGGGAGGGGUGACCAUUGCGCAGGGAGGUGUUUUGCCCAAUAUCCAAACCGUGUUGCUACCUAAAAAGACUUCCGCGGCUCCUACAGCUACAGGCAAGAGUUCCGGCAAGAAGAGUUCCCAGCAAUCCCAAGAAUAUUAAGUUGUACGCUACUUCUCUGUACUAAAAGGCCCUUCUAAGGGCCACUCACAAGUCUGAUAAAAGCUGUAAUAUGUAACACAAGCUUAGCUUGCAGGGUUUUCAUAAUACAUACUUUUGAGUUGUUACUGUAAGGACCGGUGGUAUGCAGCAUGAGCUGGAUUUGUCCCCACCCAGAGAUGGUUAGUCUAGGCAGAGACUCGUUUAUGGUGAUGGCACAUGGAGUGAUUAGUGAUUUGUGGUUAAUCUGCUAUGGGAAUAUAAUCUAGAAAUGCAUUUUCACCGGCUAUAAAGUGAAUUCUCUGGAAAGGCA